AUGCCCGUGGAUCUGGUGAUGAUUGGAGGUGACUUUCAGGCCGUCCGAAACGAACGGGAUCUGCUCUCGAUGAACGUACCGGCCAAAUACAGAGAGAUGCACGACUUCCACAAGUACUACUCGGGUGAAUCAACGGCUCCGUACCUCACCAUCAUCAUUGGAGGCAACCAUGAGUCGUCAGGGUACAUGCAGGAGCUGUACUACGGAGGAUGGCUGGCACCUAAUAUCUACUACCUAGGAGCUGCUGGAGUGGUCAACUAUAAGGGUCUUCGGAUUGGGGGAAUCUCAGGUAUCUACAACCAGCGCAGCUACAAAACUGGUCAUCACGAACGACUUCCCUACGACAACUCUACCAUUAGAAGUGUAUAUCACGUCAGGGCCCAUGAUGUGAUGAAAGCUUCUCUUAUUGAUAACGGUAUUGAUAUCUUCAUGUCUCACGACUGGCCCGCGGGCAUUGAGCACUUUGGAAACACAAAGAAGCUGCUCGAUCAGAAGAAGCAUUUCAGAAUCGACGUGAAAAACGGCACUCUGGGGUCUCCUCCUGCAAUGGAGCUCCUCAAGCGGCUGAAGCCUGCCCAAUGGCUCAGUGCACAUCUUCAUUGCAAGUUUGUCGCCACUGUCGACCACGAGAAGCUGGAGGCGGCGAAUGGAGCCACCAAACAGAGAUCUUCUCCUGAAAUCAAGAACCCAGACGAAAUAGUUCUUGAUGAGUUGGAAGACACGAACCACGAGACAGGUGAAAUCGACAUUUCUGAAGACAUCGACAGUGGAGAGACUGGAGAGAUUGAUAUUUCCGAGGACGUCAAAGGUGAAACCGACAUUGAUGCAAACACCACACAUGAUGAAGCCACUCCCGUGAUAGCAAAGAAACCUCUGGCCAAAAAGACUGACUUUCUAGCACUGGAUAAAUGUCUUCCUAAACGCCAAUUCAUCGAAAGACUCGACAUUGACCAUGAGCCUACCUCAGAUGGGCUUCAAUACGACCCCGAAUGGCUGUCUAUUGUGAGAUGCACAAACCACCUUUUUACCAGAUCACACGCCCUUCACCAAGCACAUCCUCGAACUUUGGAUGAACUGCAAGCUCUCAGAAAGAUGGUCAAAGACGACUAUGCGUGGGUCAAGGAGAACAUUGUCGACAAAGGCAAGUUAGACAUCCCCAACAACUUUGUCCAGACAGCUCCAGUGUAUACAGGAGCUGAUAUUCACAAUGUGUCUCAGCAGAAACAACUACCAAAAUACAAAAACCCUCAAACCGAGCAGUUUCUGAGAAUGCUCGACGUCCCUAAUAAGCUGUAA